CUCAGUGUUCAAGGUUCAGGAAGAUAACGAGAGGUGAGUGGCUGACGCAUAGCUCGUGUUAUGUUACCAGAGACUCAUAUCAGAUUACCGUUGACAGCAGGUUGGCUGAAACUGUAGUUGUAUUCAGAUCGCUGGGGCUCAAACAACCAGGAACUGGGACUCACAAAGGAUUUUUAAAGAAGCUAAAGAAGCUAACAGAGUGCUUCCUGUUGUUUAAAGAAGAGCGUUACCAUGGGUAAGGAGACACAACAUGGUCUAUUGCUUUUGCUGUGUUUGUCAGGACUUGCUCGUUGUUCAGCAGCAUUGGUAUUUUGGACAGCUGUAGUGGAAAUAAGCUAUGUUAACAGCAACAAUAAGACUGAGGACCGGUAUUGUGAGUGUGGGGUGUAUGGCCGUAGCUCUCCCGUGACGAAAGCCUCAGGCAUAGUUGCACUUCCCAAGGGAGAUCCCAGAGGCUGUGGUCCAGAUCCUGUCUACACUCGCAAUUCCAGCGUUCCACCCUGGAUAGCCCUGAUUAAAAGGGGCAACUGUACCUUCAGUGACAAGAUCAAUGCUGCCAAACGUCAAGGAGCAUCAGGUGUGGUUGUGUAUAAUGUGGAUGGCAGUGGCAACAGCACCACUCACAUGACGCACUCGGAUGCAGCUGGUAUUGUGGCCAUCAUGAUUGGCAACGUUCAGGGCAUGGAGGUUGUCAACUUGGUGAAAAAUGGAACAGAAGUGCAGAUGCUUAUUGAUGUAGGCAGCCCUCACGGACCCUGGAUGGACACCUACUGGCUUUACUUCCUGUCCAUCGCCUUCUUCAUUGUGACAGCAGCCUCGAUUUCCUACUUUGUGUUUGUCUCUGCAAACCGUCUCUACAACAUGCGCAUGCACAGGCGCGAUGAGAGAAGGCUGAAAUCGGAGGCCAAGAAGGCGAUUGGACGUCUACAAGUGCGCAAACUGAAGACAGGGGAUGAUGAAACUGAUUCCGACUCCCAUAUGUGUGCUGUGUGCAUUGAUCCCUACAAGGCAGGCGAAGUGGUGACAGUGCUGAUAUGUGACCACAUCUUCCACAAAACCUGCAUUGAGCCCUGGUUGCUGGAGAAAAGGACCUGCCCUAUGUGUAAGUGUGACAUCCUGAAGGCCUUGGGAGUUGAGGAAGAGUCAAAAGAUAUUUCUGUUGAGUCAACACCAGAGGUCACUGUAAUCACAAUAACAGGAGGCGAUCCCUUAUAUGAGGUCCCACUGAAUGACCCAGCGGACCCUGACCUACUGAGACAUCAGAACAGCUAUGACAACAGGGCCUUUGAGGGAGAUUCACGGGCCACGAGAGAGUGAACAGCAACAGCAACGGAAACAAAACAGCAACAAACUAGGACACAGUCACAUUACCUGUUUGAAAUCAACUUUUUCUGGGACACAUCGAUUGAACCAGCACAAUGGAAUCAAAUUAAAAUGUCCUAACAGGAAACACAGAUAUAUAGAUGUUAAUGGACUUUUAACAUUACAUUUUAUUUGUGUCCAUCUUUGGUGCAUGUGUGUAGUCAUCAGGUGUGUUCAUAAAGUUAACCAUAGGUCAUUCAAUUAGAUUAUAAAAUGAGUAGCUGUGGACUGAUGCCAGUGUCAAAUAUCUGUUUUGCAUACUGAACACAAACACAACACUGGCUGGGGAGGAAGUGCAGCAGAACAUUUGAAUAUCUGUUUGAAAUCGUGGCCAAAUUUCCUCAAAUAGUCACAGUCCCUGAAAAUUAAUAAUUAAUUAAUUUUAAAAACCAGAGCAGAGUGUAUUAUAUACUCAUUCCCAUAAUUAGCAACAAUUUGACUUUUUGAUUUGAUGUCUACUCUUUUUAAAUUGGAAUAUAUUUUUUGUUUCCUUUUCAUAGUCAGGUUGUCAGGCUGUGUUUAUAGCCAACCUUAUGAACACACCCUCAACAGGAAAAACAGCAUGACGCACAUUUCACUGUGAUGAGUGAAUAAUAUCACCUGAGGGGCUGAGACUCUUUAGAAACAUGAUUUAUAGAAACAUUUUACCGCAAAUGAAGUGAGAGUAGUUAGUUCCAUCCUGAUGUGUUGCUUCUAUUGAAAAAUAGAGAAGUCCCACAGUAAUGCAGCAAUGUAAUAAUGUCAAUGAAACCAUAGAUCAUAUAACUGUAAAAAGAGAUAUAAUAUUUGCUGGAUAGGGGGAAAUUAUCUUUAUGUGUACUGUUUUUUGAAAUUAUAUAUACCUUAUAAUGAGAUUGAACAUGAAAGUUAUGCAUAAAAUAUGUAUAUUCCUUUCUUUCUCUGAACAGAUGAUUUCCAUGUGUAUGCACAAAUUCUUAUGCUUUAGCAAGUCUUCCAGGUUUUUCCUUUGAAUUAUUUGGAUUGGAGUUUAUUCUAUCCCUGUGGUCUACCUCUGAACUCUCACAUGGGUACAUUUUAGAAUAUAUUUAACAAUUCUUCCAAUUCCUUAGAUAAGGUUUGUCCCUUGGUAAAUGAUAACGCUAAAGAAUUGUUUCAUUUCCUUGUUUGCUGGUGGGGAUAAACUGAUAAUGGUACUUAAUAUAUUUUUCUAUAUUAAAUCAUUUUCACUGCAAUGUUACAGAUUCCAGGAGUCUUAAAAAUGAAUUCUGUAAAAAUGAAUAUACUUGCUGUAUUAAAUCACAUUGAUGCUUAUUAGAACGCAAUAAAUCCCUCAAAAUGAGGCCAAAUUUA